AUGGGAGGCCUAGCUUUUACCUCGGGCAAAGGUGCACUUUGCACUCCCCGAAUGCCAAAACAAGUCUAUGAAACCACGAAAGCCCGGUGUCAAGAGAUCCUUCGGCGUCUAUACCACCUGGUGGAAUCGCCUCUUGAUGGUCCGGGCAAAGCAGAUUUUGGAGACAUCGAUAUGUUUCUGGCAUCCCCAACACCAGAAGCCUCUACUGGCCUUUACGCGGUCAACAUAAUAUCCAAAGCUCUAGGGGCCGAACGCACUUUGGUUGAAGGCGGUAGAGAAAGCAUCAACAUCGCUGCAAGUUUCGCUAUCCCAUGGCCCAGCGAUGAACCCAGCAAUGCUCAAGAUGCGGACAAGAAACACAUCCAAGUCGACGUCCGAGUGUGUGAAUCAGAAGACAAGCUCCGCUGGAUGCUUUUCAAACAUGGCCACGGAGAUUUGUGGCAAAUCGUGGGGUCGCAAAUCAGACCGUAUGGGCUGACAGUCGAUGACACCGCCAUGUCGCUUCGAAUUCCUAAGAUAGAGGAGUCCAACAAAAAGCUGGCCAGGGUCUUUCUGACUUCAGACCCUUCCAAAGUUCUGGAUUUUCUUGGCUUGCCCAAGGAAGAAUAUUGGGACCACCCUUUCCCCUCCGCGGAAGACAUGUUUGACUAUAUUGGUUCCAGUCGGCUGAUAUAUGUCGCCCCCACUGCGUCAGAGCCUGAUGCGAAAAGCCUCAAAUCAGAUGAUCGCCGGCGCAUGAAGCAGCGACCGAUUUUCAAAAAGUGGAUGGAUGAAUUUGUUCCAGAAUGUCGGCAAUCUGGCCGAUUUUCUGAACGAAGACUCACCAGAGAGGCUAUCACUGAGGAGGCAUUCGCCGUUUUUGGCGUUGAAACAGAAUACAAAGCCCGACGCAAAGCGUUCCUCAUUAAGCGGCAAAAAGAUUACAUUUGGAAUACUCUCAUCAAGGAUAGUUUCCCGACCCCUAACCCGUCGGAUUCGAGAGCUAUUCUUCAUAAGUCGUGCAGUGUCAAAGCCCUGAAGGAAAUUAUUCUCGGCAGCGGCGAGAAUUACAGUUUUCCGCUUGACCAAAAGAGUCUCAAGAACUCUGAUGGCUUCUACGACAUGAAGUACAUCGAGGAGUUUAUCGAAACACACAAGGACGAAGUUGGGAAGGCAGCUCUUGUUAGACACAAUGAGAAAUACGCGGAGCAUUUAUAUUCGAAGGGGACUAAAGCGACGAUGCAGCCGUCCUAA